UCUAUACUGUGCCUUAAAAUUCAUUACUCUCUCUCUCUCUCUCUCCUUUCUCUCUCUGUCUAAAAUUCUGUUGCGAAAAUGGAGAUAUUUUACUACCUGGUUUUCGGGGGAUUGGGGGCGGUUGUGGCGGCAAUGGAGCUGAGCAAGAACAACAAGGACCGAAUCAACACCACGCCGGCUUUUAAUUCCUUCAAGAACAAUUACCUCGUCGUUUAUUCUCUCAUGAUGGCGGGAGACUGGUUGCAGGGUCCCUAUGUUUACUAUCUUUACAGUACGUAUGGGUUUGGGAAAGGUGAAAUUGGACAUCUCUUUAUUGCCGGUUUUGGUUCCUCCAUGCUGUUUGGGACAAUUGUUGGAUCUCUAGCAGAUAAACAGGGUCGAAGGAGGGCGUCUGUGACCUAUUGCAUUACUUACAUACUGAGUUGUAUCACCAAGCAUUCUUCUCAGUACAGAAUUUUGAUGGUUGGUCGUAUUUUGGGAGGUAUCGCCACUUCCCUCCUGUUUUCAGCAUUCGAGUCUUGGCUUGUUGCCGAGCACAACAAGAGAGGUUUUGAACAACAAUGGUUAUCAAUAACAUUCUCAAAGGCAAUAUUUCUUGGAAAUGGCCUUGUUGCUAUUAUAUCUGGUUUGUUUGGGAAUCUACUCGUUGAUACACUGGCUCUUGGGCCUGUAGCACCCUUUGAUGCUGCUUCAUGCUUUCUCGCGAUUGGCAUGGCAAUCAUAUUAUCUUCGUGGACAGAAAACUAUGGAGAUCCUUCUGAAAGCAAGGACUUGCUUACCCAAUUCAGGGGUGCUGCUGUCGCCAUUGCUUCUGAUGAAAAGAUUGCAUUACUUGGUGCCAUACAAUCUCUGUUUGAGGGUUCAAUGUAUACAUUCGUGUUUCUCUGGACUCCUGCUUUAAGCCCAAAUGGGGAGGAUAUUCCACAUGGAUUUAUCUUUGCAACUUUCAUGUUGUCUUCAAUGUUGGGAAGCUCUCUUGCCUCUCGAUUAAUGGCUCAAACAUCACCCAGGGUAGAGAGCUACAUGCAGAUUGUUUUUGCUGUCUCAUCGGCUUCUCUCCUGCUGCCCAUUUUAACCAAUUUCUUGGUAGCACCUUCCAAGGUGAGAAGUGGGAGCAUGUCAUUUGCAGGAUGUAUCCAGCUCCUUGGCUUCUGUGUUUUUGAGUCCUGCGUCGGAGUAUUCUGGCCAUCCAUUAUGAAGAUGAGGUCUCAAUACAUUCCUGAGGAGGCUAGAAGCACCAUCAUGAACUUCUUCCGCAUUCCUCUCAAUAUCUUUGUGUGCAUUGUGCUGUACAAUGUUGAUGCGUUCCCAAUCACUGUUAUGUUCAGCAUGUGCUCAAUUUUCCUCUUAGUGGCAUGUUUCUUGCAGAGGAGGCUCUUCGCGAUUGCAGACAAGUCAAAAACCGAAGAUUGGGCAAUGAAGGAAAGGGACACUGAGGCCGAGCCAUUAAACAUAUAAUUGAUGAUUGGCCGACAGACCACCAGAUUUUUUGAGACGAUGGCGGUAACCGCCUUCAGAUGCAUCCUGUUAGUUGAGGGAGUAUUCGAUUUUAAGUAUUCAAUUUGACAGUGGAAACAACUUAUAAGAAAAAUAGUGGUCUGCCCUGCAGAGAAGAUGAGUUUUGAGAGGGAGAAGCGUCAAUUAGAAUUCCUGUAAUUGAUUUUGGCUGUCAAUCAAUCCUGUAGCGUAUUAGUUUUCACUUUUCAGCAAUUACUGUUGGGAAAGAAAUAUCCACUUUGUACGCCAAUAUUAUUCUUUUCUACGUCUAAUAUCUUACAAUUUUCUUCAUUAAGAUGUAAGUGAAACUGCAGCAAUGGCAUGAUAUGGUAAAAGCAUUUUGCUUAUGAUUGUUAAUCAUACAUUGGAGACUAAAAUGGAUCCAAAGUAUUGACUCAUCAUAAACUUCUUUUUGACCGAAAA